GUCCCUCGGGCUAUUCAUUUAUGGUCAACCGAAACGGUUACGUCAUGUAUCACCCCGACAUUAAGUUACAGUUGGGCUCUCUAGAAGAGCCACUAGACAUAGAUUUUCUGGAUGUUGAGAUCGAGAACCCUUUAAAAGAGAAGAUUCGCAGAAGGAUGAUCGACGGGCAUUCUGGGCACGAGACAGUGGUCAGUCUGAUGAGGAUGCCAGACGAGAAGCAUCUUGUACCGCAUAAUAUGGUAUACUACUACAGGCACAUGAACGACUCGGAAUUCGGCGUUGCUCUGGCACUCCCAGAGAAGAGGAAGUUGUACGUGCGUGUGGAAGGGAUGCGCGUUGAUGACGGUUUCAAGCCAGAGACAGAGAAAGGAGAUGGUGUCCUUUUGGCUCCGUGGCGCUACUGCAAGAACAUUCCGCGCCCCAAGGGACUCACGGGCAACAUCAGCCAAGUCCUGGAAGCGUUCCGGGCAGACCAUCGUCGGUGUGAUCCUCUACUCAUGCAGCGACUACUCUGGGACAUCGAGAACACGCGAGCUGUGGUCAGCAAUUGGACGAGUGACGCCUUCGCUGAGGAAAGAGAUGGAAUAUUGGGGACUUUCGUGGGAACAGAAGGAGGACUCAUACGCUACCACCCUGAUGUGUAA